CGGCCAUAGGAAUUGCCCAAGGUUCUGAACUAACCCAAAGUCCGAUACUCUAAAAGAGGGUUUAGGGUUUAAUUUUGUUCGGUAGGUCAAAGAUUAAGAGGUCGAUUUAGCUCCAACAGUUCUAAUUUCUAACUAAAACAGCUUCAGUUUUAGGCCUUGUAUUUUUGCCGCAGGAAACGUGGACGAAUUCUAAGCGAGAGAAACUCCUUGUGACAUGGAGGAAGAAACUCCUUCAAAUUCCCAACUCGAAAGUUAAGAACUUAAUUAGCGAAGUUAAAUCAGUGGAUCGAGACAGACUCCAAAUUUCUUGGAGUUCUGAAGUUUACUCAGUGAAUUCAGUUCAGACAUUCACUUUCAUUUUAUGAUUUCGCUGUUUUGAAAAAAGAACGAUCCAUGUGUUCGAAAAUGGGGUUUGAAAAUAAGCACUGAAGAAGAAGAAGAAAUGGUGGAAAAGAGUCUAGUAAAAAUGAGAGGCAUAGAUGGGAGAAUCUGUGAAGAAUUCUCUACGAAAUAUUAUGGGAUCUGUACCAUUGGAGGAAUGCUUAGUGCUGGAACAACCCAUUUAGCCAUCACUCCUUUAGAUGUCUUGAAAGUUAAUAUGCAGGUGAACCCCACCAAGUAUAGAAGUAUUUCCUCGGGUUUAAAAACACUUUGGAGAGAUCAAGGUUCAUCUUCUCUUUGGAGAGGUUCGACCAGUAAAUUCUUUGGGUAUGGUCUUCAAGGUGGAUGUAGAUUCGGUCUCUAUGAGUACUUUAAGAAGUUUUACUCGGAUAUAUUGGUAGACCAACAUAAAGGUCUUAUCUUUCUUCUCAGCGGUGCUUCUGCCCAAGUAUUUGCUGAUGUUGCUCUAUGCCCUUUUGAAGCCGUUAAAGUUCGUGUCCAAGCGCAACGCCACUUCGCAAAAGGUUUAGUUGAUGGCUUUCCAAAGCUCUAUGCAGCUGAAGGUGUUUCAGGAUUCUACAAGGGGCUUGCUCCACUCUGGGGUCGAAAUCUUCCAUUUUCGAUAUUUAUGUUCUCCACUUUUGAGCAUUCUGUGGAUUUCUUAUACCGGGAUAUCAUUAAAAGAAAAAAGGAAGAGUGCUCAAGAGGUCAACAGCUGGCCGUGACAUGUGCAGCUGGUUAUGCAGCUGGAGCUGUGGGUACAUUUGUUUCUAAUCCUGCAGACAACAUUGUUUCUUCUCUCUACAACAAAAAUACAAAUACUAUAUCACAGGCUGUGAGGCAAAUUGGGUUGCUAAAUUUGUUUACUAGAAGUCUUCCAAUUCGGUUUAUGCUCGUUGGUCCGGUUAUAACUAUGCAGUGGUUUUUAUAUGACAGCAUUAAAGUGUUAGCAGGACUGCCAACAAGUGGAGGUGCCAAAACUCAACAGUCAUCUGGGAGAAUCAACGAAAACAGCUCUAUCGCUUAUGAAGGGUGAUAGACAAAGCUUAACCACCGGAAUUAACCUAAAGUGGGGGCAAGACAUCAUUGUGAAAUAACCAGCAAAAUUUGGAGAUUUCCAGGUUUACCCAAUAUACAGUAUAAACAGAUAGCUCAUUAUAUGAACAUGCUUUUUUAGCGGAGUUUUGUUUCAGUCGCUUACAGUUUUAUGUUUUUUAGUAGGUAUACUUUGUAAGAAUCCCCAAAGUUUCUGGUGAUGGUUUCUUUGCCUGCCAUAACUAACCUUUGUGAGGGGAGAUAGUAUAGAAUAUUUAUGUUACUAACAGCUCUCUAUUACAAAAGUACUACCUCCGCUUCUGGGAAAGAGUUUACAGAAACGGAGGGAGUACUAUAUAAUGAUCGUGUAAAGUUGUAAUUAUGUUAGUGGUAAAAAUCAAACACUGUUAUACUUUUGCCCAAAAAUAAUUAUCUAAAAAUGAUCCA